CUGCUUAGCCCUGCGUCAUGGUUGAAGUUCGGGGCGGGAGGGAAGCGCGCCCGCGCCCUUGAGGAGCAGGUGCCGCUUUCGGGUGAUGCCCUGGGCACGCGGACGCACAUCUCUGCCCGGGGACGGUGCCGCCUUUCCGACCACCGAGAAACAAAAUGCUGUGUUCUUGAGAGGGCUUCGCUGUUCCCUCUCGGCUCCCCCUCCGACCAUACCCUCCCUUCUCCCCGGCUGAGGAGGCUGCCAUGGCCCUGACGGCAUGAAGGAGGGCCCCAGGCAGCGGCGCCCGGCGGGGUGGGUGGGGACAGCUCGUGAGGGGCUGGCACCGGCGGCCUGGCUUAAGAGGCUGUGCUGGUAGCCGCGGGGAGCUGCAGCGCGCGGGGAGGAAUGAAUGCGGCAGCUUCUGGCCGCGGCGGCUCCUCCCUUUCUGGCUUCUCGCCUGCCCGGCUGGCUGACCGGCCGACCAACCGGCUCGUGUGAAGGGCUCCCGUGCUCCACAGAAGCCGCCUGGGCUCGGCCAGCUCCAGCAUGGCUGCUCCUGGAGCGCUAGCCGAGAUGCCCCGACAAUUCCCAAAGUUGAACAUUUCUGAGAUUGAUGAGUCUGUACGACUUCUAGCUGAAAAGGUUUUUGCCAAAGUUCUUCAAGAAGAAGACAGCAAAGAUGCCUUGUCACUGUUCACUGUGCCUGAGGAUUGCCCUAUCGGGCAGCAAGAGGCAAAAGAAAGAGAGCUGCAGAAGGAGCUGGCAGAACAACAGUCUUUGGAGACAGCAAAAAGGAAGAAAAGUUUCAAGAUGAUACGAUCCCAGUCCUUGUCAUUACAAAUUCCAUCGCAGGAAUGGAAACCUCCAUCAGCUGCUCCAGCUGUGUCUCCUCCUACUCCAGUUUUUCCUGGUGUUCUUCAGCCCAUCCAAGGGACAUAUGAUGUUCCAGAAUUCCAAAGAGUUGCAAUUAGUGGGGAUUACUGUGCUGGGGUGAGUGUUGAUGAUUAUGAACAGGCUGCCAAGAAUUUGGCAAAGGCAUUACUUAUUCGAGAGCGGUAUUGCCGCCUUGCUUACCAUCGCUUUCCAAGGACAACAGCACAAUAUUUGUGCAGUGUACGAAAUGAAAAAUGGAAAAUUGAAGAUGAGAUUCUUCCAGAUUUUCAUCCACCUCCCAAAGAACUACAGGAUCCAUAUAAUCUUGAUGAUUCUCCAGGGAACUUGGGUUAUGUUGCAAAGAUGAAGGAAGGCAUCACCUUAAUUUUUGAAAACAAAGAAACAAUGAACCUUAACAAGCCACGGAGUUUGCCUUAUCCGGAUCUGCAGACAUACACUUUUGACCUCAGUCAUGUGCUAGCUCUCAUUGCAGAUGGCCCAACAAAAACCUAUUGCCACAAGCGACUCAACUUUCUAGGAUCCAAGUUUGGUUUACAUGAAAUGUUAAAUGAAAUGUCUGAGCUUAAAGAGCUGAAGAGUAACCCUCACCGGGAUUUUUACAAUGUGAGAAAGGUUGACACUCAUAUCCACGCUGCUGCAUGCAUGAAUCAGAAACAUUUGCUGAGGUUCAUUAAGCACACUUACCAAACUGAGCCAAACAGAAUAGUGGGGGAGAAAAAAGGAAAGAAAAUCACUUUGAAACAGUUGUUUGAAAGUCUCCAUAUGGAUCCCUAUGACCUCACUGUAGAUUCAUUAGACGUUCAUGCAGAUCGCCAGACAUUUCAUCGGUUUGAUAAAUUUAACUCCAAAUAUAAUCCAGUUGGUGCAAGUGAGCUGAGGGACUUAUAUUUGAAAACAGAGAACUAUCUUGGAGGUGAAUACUUUGCUCGUAUGGUGAAGGAAGUUGCUCGUGAACUAGAAGAAAGUAAAUACCAGUACACAGAACCUCGGCUGUCUAUUUAUGGACGUUCCCCUGAUGAAUGGCAGAAUCUGGCUAAAUGGUUUAUUAGACACAAAGUUUAUUCACCUCACAUGCGCUGGAUGAUUCAGGUUCCUAGAAUCUAUGAUAUAUUUAGGUCCAAAAAUAUUCUGCCUAGUUUUGGAAAAAUGCUGGAAAACAUCUUCUUACCCCUGUUUGAGGCUACUAUCAACCCUUUGGAUCAUAAAGAGUUGCAUCUCUUUCUUAAAUAUGUGACAGGGUUUGAUAGUGUGGAUGAUGAAUCGAAGCACAGUGACCACAUGUUCUCUGAGAAGAGCCCUAAUCCUGAUAUUUGGACUAGCGAAACGAAUCCACCAUAUAGUUAUUAUUUGUAUUACAUGUAUGCAAACAUAAUGAUUCUCAACAAUCUUAGAAAGGAAAGAGGUAUGAACACUUUUCUGUUUCGGCCCCACUGUGGAGAAGCUGGAUCCAUUACUCACUUGGUAUCAGCCUUUUUAACUGCAGACAACAUUUCCCAUGGAUUACUCCUGAAAAAGAGUCCAGUUCUCCAGUAUCUUUAUUAUCUUGCACAAAUCCCCAUUGCCAUGUCCCCUCUGAGCAACAACAGUCUAUUUCUGGAGUAUUCCAAAAAUCCUCUACGAGAAUUUCUACACAAGGGACUCGUAGUUUCUCUUUCUACUGAUGACCCCAUGCAGUUCCAUUAUACAAAGGAAGCACUGAUGGAAGAAUAUGCCAUAGCUGCCCAGGUGUGGAAACUGAGCACCUGUGACUUGUGUGAAAUAGCAAGGAACAGCGUUCUACAAAGUGGUUUGUCACAUAAGGAAAAACAGAAAUGCAUUGGAGUAAAUUAUUGCAAUGAAGGACCCGAAGGAAAUGACAUUCGAAAGACAAACGUUGCACAAAUCAGAAUGGCAUACAGAUAUGAGAACUUAUGCAAUGAGCUGAGUUUCCUGUCCGAUGCGAUGAAGACAGAAGAGAUUACUGCUCUAUCAGACUAGCCAUGGUUGCACAACUGCCAGGAAAGAAGUCUGUGAAUAUGCAGAAGAAAUCGUUAUUUUAGCAGGACUGAAAGCUGUCAUAUGUUUAGAACUGUUUUAUGUUGCACUUUCAGUAAAGCAAAUUUCUGCAACCACUUGGCACAGGCAGAACUACUAUACAUAAUCAAAUGCAGACCAUAACUAUAUUCUUUAUGCUGCAUAUGCAUUUAAAAGUGUAGCCUAAAUUUAGUCAUAAAUAUUUAAAGUGUUUGCAUUUGGACACAAUAACAUCCUCUUUUGAAAUAAGUUACACAGGGACAGGAACUUCUGAUACCACACACAGAAACACCUCUUUUGCCAUGUGUAGGGGCAGGCAGAACUCUGGCACUUUAAUUUCUGGUUAGAUUCCAGAACAAUGAUUGUACACUGUACUGUAGUGCCCACUGGGGGUCAUUUAGCAAAGUCAGUAAUUAAUUUAGGGAAUUAAAAUAUUAUGACCAAAGAGUUGCAUGGUUUUUGUUUUGUUUUGUUUUGUUUUUUUGCUGGUUGCACCUUAUAGGGAAACUUAUUUUCCUAUGGCAGAAUCUUUUGACUACAUUUUGUUUUCUCCUCCCAAGCACCCUCCCAUUAAAAUUAAUAUAAUGAUAAUUGAUUUUGUAGUAUUCAGAAAUAUUUUAAAGUGUUUUUUGGUGCGCUUCAUAGUGAUCAGUCUGAAAUAUUUCUGCUGGUUCAUGAUCAUGUUUUGAGGUGGUUCAAGUACUGGGAGAAUCAUUUCACUACUGUUGUAACAAGCCUUAAGCUGUAAGUCUUGCUUUCACUUUGAACAUGCAACUUUGAAAAGGAACAUUAAAACAUAUUUUUCCUUUGUGCUGGU